CCUGCCUCCUGGAAGAGCGCAGAGUAUCUUCGAGGCUAGCGUCGUCGAGAAGAAGCCAUCGCUUUCCACAGCCACGUGGUGACACCAUGGACCCCCGGGAUCCAGCCCGUCAGCCUUUCCAGCAGUCGGAGAAACCUGGCCGUGUGCGUCGUCGGAAGACCAGGAGGGAGCGGAAUGAAGCCCUGGUGGGCAGCCGCCGGCCAGUAGCCCAUCAGGAUCCUCCUGUGUCCCGUCAGGAUCCCCCUGUUGCCCUCCAGGAUCCUGUGGUCCCUGCUGCCUCCAAGCUUGUGGUCAUAACCCAGGGCCGGCUGAGCCGGGAGCACCGGGGUCUUUUCAACCAUGAGGUGAAAUCUCUGGAUGUGGCCCGGCUGCUUGACAGUGGGUCCUUGGAGCCAAGCACUCCCCUGCUCCGCACUAAGCCUUCCUCCAGCCCACCUGGGAUUCAAGAGCCCGUCUCACAGUCAAAGGGCAAGGAGAACCAGGCACCUGGGGGCUCGGGCCCAGGCCCUCCUAAUUCUCCAGAAGUCUGUAGCUUGGGACAACUUCUGGGGGAGCUACAGUGCCAGCUGACUUUGCCACAGGCCUUCCCCAGGAGGAACUUGGUGCAGGAAGCCAGGGAUGCCAUCGUGGGAACCUUGCAGGCCCUCCAUGGCUGUGUGCCUGAUCUUGCCUUGGUGCUCCAAGGCUGCCAGUUACCUUUGCCAGGAACCAAACCUGAGGUUCAUGAGAGACAAAGAAUGACACCCUCCUGGAUCAACAGACCUGAACAGACCCCAAGAGAAGGGAGACAGAGAAGGCAACAGGGCACAAAGGACAGCUUUACCAUGCCUCAUACAUCCAGUGCUCCUGUGGCACACAGGAUGAGCCUGGCGCCACCAAGAGGUCCUUGGCCACCCUCCUUGUCCUUGUUGCCUUCACCUUCUGGGGCAGGUUGGGGCCCCCCAACAGCCUUUGACCUACUAAAAAGCAUCUGGCUUGUAGAUACACCACCUGCUCCCCAUCAUUGGUGUGUCGGCCCACCUCAGCCCCUGCCUCAGCCAUCACCUUUGUUGCCCCACACUUCUGACCUGGACUGGAGCCCCGACUCCCCUGCCCCACUGCCCAGUCUCUCUUGGGUAGUCACUCAGAGCAGUCCAGAAGCCUGGUCCUUUCCACCCAUGAGACUGUACUGA